AUGCUCCGCAACGGCCGGACUCUCCCGUGGAGAGCUGCGCUCCACGGAGCACCUCGUCGUCUACUCCAUCGUCCGUCCCACGCUGUCCUGAGGAACAAUGCGAUUGCCCGGUCAGCAUUGAACUCGAGCCACCUCAGCCAACCUUUGCCUUUCGCGCCCCGCACGUUUUCCUCAAGCUCUAUUCGUCGGAAAGAGAAACCACCAUCAGACGAUCCAAAAGAUGACAUUGAACAGAAGCCGGAAGAUGAAACGAAUCAAGAUACCCAAGAGACAAAGGCAAACGAUAAAGCCCCCGAGUCGCGGAAGAAGUCUCUCGACUCCGGGAAGGCACCUGAGCAAUCAGGGUCCGCGCGGAGAAAAGACCGAACGUCUAGCGACAAGGAACAACGUGCGCUAGAAGAGGAAUCGAAGAAGGAGGCCAAUGUCUCUGAUGGCAAGAAUUAUUCCAACAAAUCUCCAUCUCCUAUUCCGCCUAGCAAUGGCCAGAACGAUGCCAAGCAAAGUGCCGCGAGCAAUGGCGGUUCUGGUGGCCAGGACGACGGCGGGAAGAAGGGGAAAAAGGGAGACAAGUCUUUGCAGAAACCAGCCGUUCCAGAAGUAUACCCUCAAGUCAUGGCCAUCCCUAUCGCCAAGCGUCCUCUCUUCCCCGGCUUUUACAAAGCGAUUACCAUCCGAGACCCGAACGUGGCCAUCGCAAUCCAGGAUAUGAUGAAGCGUGGCCAGCCUUAUGUCGGUGCUUUUCUGUUUAAGGACGAUAAUGCAGAUGGCGACGUCAUCGAAAACAUGGACGACGUCUAUGGUACCGGUGUCUUUGCCCAAAUCACUGCAGCCUACCCACUCCGCGGGGAAAAUGUCACUGGUGUUACGGCAGUGCUCUACCCGCACCGGCGCAUCAAGGUCUCGGAGCUGAUUCCACCCACCGCCUCUAAGAAGGAUGCGGAGGGCGUGGAGCAGGAGACUGAUCAGCGCGGUGAUGUCGUGGCUAGCUUUGAAGAAGGGGCCCCCGAGAAUUCACCCAAGUAUCACUACGAGCCCACCUCAUUCCUUCGAAAAUACCCAGUCAGCCUCGUCAACGUGGAAAAUUUGGCCGACGAACCCUUGGACAAGAAGAGCCAAGUCAUCCGUGCAGUCACUAGUGAGAUUGUGAACGUGUGUAAGGAGAUUGCUUCUCUGAAUCCUUUGUUCCGCGACCAGAUUUCGGCGUUCUAUACCGAUCAAUUCCCAGGAAACCUGAGCGAUGAGCCCGCCAAGCUGGCUGACUUUGCCGCUGCGGUUUCAGCCGGUGAAUUGGAAGAGAUGCAGGAAGUUCUGGAGAUUAUGAACGUCGAGAAGCGCCUGGAGAAAGCCCUUGUUGUCCUGAAGAAGGAGUUGAUGAACGCGCAGCUGCAAUCCAAGAUCACCAAAGAUGUGGAGGCCAAGAUUCAAAAGCGCCAGCGUGAAUAUUGGCUCAUGGAGCAGAUGAAGGGCAUCAAGAGGGAGCUUGGAAUUGAGUCCGAUGGCAAGGAAAAGCUGGUCGAGAAGUUUAAGGAGAAGGCCGACAAGCUUGCUAUGCCCGAGGCCGUCAAGAAGGUGUUUGAGGAGGAACUCAACAAGCUGGCUCAUCUCGAGCCGCAGGCCUCCGAGUUCAACGUCACUCGUAACUACCUGGACUGGUUGACCCAAAUCCCGUGGGGCCAAAAGAGCGUCGAGAAUUUCGGCAUUAAGAAUGCUGUCACUGUCCUCGAUGAAGACCACUACGGCUUGAAAGACGUGAAGGAUAGAAUUCUCGAGUUCAUUGCCGUCGGAAAGCUUCGUGGAACUGUGGAAGGAAAGAUUCUUUGCUUUGUUGGACCCCCUGGUGUUGGUAAGACGAGCAUCGGCAAGUCAAUUGCACGCGCUCUCAACCGACAGUACUACCGUUUCUCUGUGGGUGGUCUGACCGACGUCGCCGAGAUCAAGGGUCACCGUCGGACCUAUGUCGGUGCUCUGCCAGGUCGAAUCAUCCAGGCACUCAAGAAAUGUCAGACGGAGAACCCUCUCAUUCUCAUUGAUGAGGUCGACAAGAUUGGACGUGGUCAUCAAGGUGACCCGUCAUCUGCUUUGCUUGAACUGCUUGAUCCUGAACAGAACUCUUCUUUUUUGGAUCACUACAUGGAUGUCCCGGUGGACCUCUCCAAGGUUCUCUUCGUCUGCACGGCCAACCUCACGGAUACCAUUCCCCGGCCCCUGCUGGAUCGGAUGGAGCUGAUUGAGCUUUCUGGUUAUGUUGCAGAUGAGAAGAUGGCGAUUGCUAAGCGAUAUCUCGCACCGGCCGCUAAGGAGCUGACUGGUCUGCAAGAUGUCAAUGUAAACGUCCAGGAUGAGGCCAUUGAAGAAUUGAUCAAGUCUUACUGCCGCGAGAGCGGUGUUCGCAACCUCAAGAAGCAGAUUGAAAAAGUGUACCGCAAGGCCGCGUUCAAGAUCAUCGAGGAUCUGGGCGAGGACGCCCUUCCCGAGGAGGAAGCUCUAACCGAUGAGGGCAAGGCUGCCCAGGCCGAGUCUAAGGAGCAUGAGUCCUCCGACCCUGCCGAAACUCCCCUUGAACCCGAGAAGUCCACCACCGAAACUCCCCGCCGCGGCCUCAAGGUGCCUGAAGAAGUGAGCCUCAACAUCAGCAGGGAGAACCUGAAGGAUUAUGUCGGAGCCCCGGUUUUCACUGCCGACCGCUUGUACGACCAAUUCCCUCCUGGUGUUACCAUGGGUCUCGCAUGGACCAGUAUGGGUGGCGCGGCCCUCUACGUCGAAUGCAUUCUGGAGAAUGUCCUCAGCCACCGAUCCCGGCCCGGCCUGGAGAUCACCGGAAACCUCCAGAAUGUGAUGAAGGAGUCGUCGCACAUCGCGUAUUCCUUUGCCAAGUCUUUCAUGGUCAAGAAAUUCCCCGAGAACGAGUUCUUCGAGAAGGCCAAGAUUCAUCUCCACUGCCCCGAGGGAGCCGUCCCCAAAGAUGGUCCCUCGGCUGGUAUCACCAUGGCCAGUUCGCUGUUGUCUCUGGCCACCAACCACUCCCUCGAUCCCACCGUCGCCAUGACUGGUGAGUUGACUGUGACCGGCAAGGUGAUGCGCAUUGGCGGUCUUCGUGAGAAGACGGUGGCCGCUCGUCGGGCCGGUGCUAACAAGAUCAUCUUCCCUGCGGACAACCUGUCCGACUGGCUGGAGCUGCCCGAAAACAUCAAGAAGGGCAUUGAGGGCCACCCAGUGUCCUGGUACUCCCAGGUCUUCGACCUUCUCUUUUCCGAUCUGGACCACGACGGCGCCCGCCAGGUCUGGCAGAAGACGCUGGCCAAGCCCGAGGGUAAGCAGGGCGAGCACGAGAGUGAUGAGUGA